UCUCCCUUUUACACCCCUUCAACCUCUAUUCUCUCGUGAAAUGAGGCAUUUAGAUCAAUUAAUGGCUCCAUUACUCUUGUUUGCUCUUGUGUUUGCCAGCCAAUUGAUGGCUGGAUUCAAUACACCACUACCACCACCGUUCUAUGGAAACCAUAUAUCAAUUCUCAGCAUAGAUGGUGGUGGUAUCAGGGGGAUUAUUCCCGCAGUUGUUCUUGAUUACUUGGACAAGGCUCUUAAGGCUAAGGACCCAACAACACCAUUAGCACAUUAUUUUGACGUCAUAUCAGGAACUAGUACAGGUGGAAUCAUGACUGCAAUGUUAGCAGCCCCAAACUCAUCUCACAGUAAUCAUCCUCUCUUUACUCCCGCUGAAGUCGUACAAUUCUACAAGGAAUAUGGCCCUAAAAUAUUUGAAGACAGCUUUUGGGGGCGAUGUCCCAAGUAUAGUGGGAAUUUCUUACGAGAAAAAACAUGGGAGCUACUGAAAGAAACACGACUUAGUCAAACAUUGACCAACGUGGUAAUACCAACUUUCGACCAGAAGAAACUCAAGCCAGUUAUAUUCUCAAACUACAAGCUGAAGAAAGAAACUCACUUAAAUGCCAAACUCGCAGAUAUAUGCCUCGGGACUUCCGCUGCACCCACUUAUCUACCACAUCACGAAUUUACGAAUGAGGGUGUUGAAUUCAGUUUGAUUGAUGGUGCUGUGGCUGCUAAUAAUCCAGCCAUGGUUGCUGUGAGCGAAGUGCUGCAACACAGUGAGCAAAAGGAAAUCCUGAUGCUGUCAUUAGGAACUGGCACAACAAAAGGGGACAAGAAGUUAUCUGGCAUCAUAGAAGGACCGUGUAAGUUUUGGUGGCUAAUUACCAACACUGGACUUAUUAGUGAUGCUAUAUAUGAUACAGACAUGAUCUCCUACUACCUUGCUACAGUCUUCCCAGGCAUUUUACCACUUAAUAACUUCCUUCGGAUUCAGGAGUAUAACCUGGAUCCAUCCAUGGAAGCAAUGGAUAACGUUGAUAUAAUAAACAUGGAGAAUCUUGAAAAGGUAGGCCAAAAUCUGUUGCACCAAAAUGUUAUGAGGAUGAAGGCGGAUAUCACAGAUGAAAUAAAUUAUACGAAUGCCCAGGCUCUUGACAGUUUGGCUGAGAUAUUAUACAAAGAGAGGCAGUUCCGUCUGAGAAAGAAAUCUAUGGAAAAAGAAGGAAGCCCAUUUAUUGAAACUGUCUAAGUCCCUUUGUCACAACGAAUUGGAAUAUUCGAAUAAGUGUAUGUCAUGUGUGGCAUGGUGCCUAGCUUAUAUUAUCAUGUGUUUUUAUCUACGUUUUGUUUCGUGUAAUAGUACUACUGUGUAAAUAUAUAUGUAUGCGUAUUGUAAUAAGGUCCAAUGCAAUGAGUUCUAUGCAACUCCUAAGUGUGGUGAUCAUGUA